GUCAGAGGACUGAAGUGACCAGACUGAAGGAGCCUUACCUGAAAGAAGACUGACAUUUAUUUCAGUUCGUAAUUAACAUUUGAAAAAGUGAUAUUCGAGUAAGCUGUCAACAGUUACAUCAUGAAAAAGGCCGCAAUAAUUAUGAUGGUCCUAUCAGGAAUAUGUUUCCUUCCUGCUUGUUUUCCUCAAAUCUACCACAUUAGUCAGUCUCCAGAAACAUGGACUGUCGCUCGGAAAAAGUGCCGGAGCAAGUAUACGGACCUCGCAACAAUAGAGACGAAGCAAGACGUGCUCAAAAUAAGAACGCUCACAAAGACUCUCAGCUAUGUCUGGAUUGGACUCCAUGCUGACACGGAAUCAUGGAGGUGGUCUCUGGAAAACCAGAAUUACUUUAAUGCACAAGAGGCUGGGUUCAGGAUGUGGGAUGAUGGGGAACCCAGUGGUUCAGAAUAUUACAAAAUUUGUGUCAAGCUGCAGAACAAUGGGAAAUGGACUGUCCAGCUGUGUGAAACACCAGCCCCACUAUUCUGCUACAAUGAAGGCACAUCAAGCUUCAUCUAUGUGAAUCUAAAUAAGACCUGGAAGGAUGCUCAGAGCUACUGUAGGGAGCACUACACUGAUCUAGCCAGUGUGAGGAAUCAAUCUGAGAAUGAACAACUGAAGAACAUGCUAAACAGUGCCUCCGCAUGGAUCGGUCUUUACAGAAAUUCCUGGAAGUGGUCAGAUGGGAGUGCAUAUUUGUUGGACAACUGGGCUCCCAAAAACCCUUCCAGUUUAAUCAAAAACACAUGUGCUGGUUCCUUCUCUGGAAAGUGGUACAAUGUUGAUUGCAAUGACUACUGGAACUAUGUCUGUUAUAGAGCUGUCCAGGUGAAAAAGGUGGUAAAGUUGGUGCUGAAGAAAUCAGACUCUUCUGUGAACAUGGAGGAGGUGAAGGGAGAAAUCUUGGAAAAGCUUAUUCAGAAACUGAAGGAGCAAAACAUAGCUGGAAACGUGAAACUGAACUGGGUAAACCAGCCUGAUGGAACGAUCUUCAGCAAGAAGAAUGAAGAGUACAAGGAAGAGGAGAUAUGCACCAUCAAAUGAAGAUUUUGAUUAUCCAGCUUAGUAUUGCAUAGUUUAGGGCAUCAUAGUGUAGUGUGCCAGUGGCCAAGGUGGCAUGGCUCAUCGUUGGAUAAAGAAAAUUAUAUCACUUAUAUAUAUUAUACUAUACUAUACUGUAGCACAACUUUUGCACUGUAUUGCUUUCUAUCACACAUUAGACUGAAUAUCUCCUGAAUGUAUCAUUUGAGAAUAUGAGUAUCUUAAGGGAUGCAGAUUUUAUUUUACAGAAUAUUUCAACUCAGAUUUGCAACACUUUAUUAAAUCUAGUCCUGGCAAGUUUUCUCAAAUUUGCCAUGUAGAGAAAAAAAAAAAUGAAUGUUUGCUCUUACUCAUUUCUGUUGUUUUGGGAUUUUUUCCUUUAUUUGUGGACAUUAAAGGAAUAUUAAUCAACUCUGAUCAUUAGUUAUUCUUAAGAAAGAAGAAUAGCAGAGGUGGUAUGGAGACUGGAACGAACUGUAAUAAUUAUACUUU